UCUGUCAGAAUAAACAAUAGUGAAGAAGUUGUCGUCAGUUAUUCUUUAUGAUAAUUAGGAUAAAAAAAAGUUAAAUUUUGUUCAUUUUAGCAGAAAAUAACUCUGCCAGUACAGGAUAAACUCGUGAUAUGAGUGUUUAGUAUCGAACCAAAGUUUGUUUCGCGUAUGCGUACGUUUUUUUCUGUCCCAUCAGUGAGAUCAUCUUUGAUACAAAAAUGGCAUCGGAAAUUCUGUUCGUGAUUGAAGGCACCGCCAUUAACGGAGCGUAUCUCAAUGACAUGAAAAGUAACUACAUAAUUCCAACAUUGGAAUACUUUUCCCAGAGUCCCGUGUCCGACGAACGGGGUGAUAGUUACGCGACAGAUAAAAACGGAAAUCAGUAUGGUAUUGUGGUAUACAAAACUGCCCAGAGUUUGCCUGGAAUUUGCUGUACUACAUUCGGACCCUACAAUAGUGCAAUCAAAGUCUUAAACGCGAUCGAUAGAUUAGAAUUAAGUGGAGGCAAAAGCGAAUCGAAUGCAAACCUUGCAGAAGGUCUUGCGACAGCUCUGGUGUGCUUCGAUGAUUUUGAAGAAAUGCGGGAGAAUGGAAUGAAGGUGCACAAGUAUUGUAUUUUGAUAGCUGCCAGUUCCCCGUAUUUAAUGUGUGUAACAGAAUGCUACGCUUACGAUAAUAAAAACGUGGAACAGUUGGUAUCCUUGUUUCAGGAAAAGAACAUCAAUCUUUCAAUCAUUUCGCCUAGAAAGAUCCCAAUUUUGUUCCAGUUAUUUGAAAAAUCUGGAGGCGACCUAAGCUCGUCUAGCACAAAAAACUAUUGCAAAGACCCGCGCCAUUUAGUGCUCCUCAAAGGCUUCAGUCUUAAAGAACGACCUGUUAGUCCACCGGCUAGCAACAUUCAUCAUCCACAGCAAGCUGGUAACAUGCCAAGUCCCAAUCCGAAUCAACAGCAACAGCAGCAGCAGGUUGUCCAGAAUGUCAUGGAUAACGUUAACGCCAAUCACAUGAGCAACAUGGCCAACAAUCCAGCAAUGCGAGGUGCUAUGACAAAUCAGCAAGUAGCUAUGCAACAACAACUUCAACAACAGCAACAACAACAACAGCAGCAGCAACAAUGCCGCAUGAACUUCCCCCAGGGUCAUAUGAACAAUCAGAUGUAUGUCAACCAAUUGUCGAAUCAGCAAACCGUCGGAAGUAUGAACUACCAACAACAAUUACAACAGCAACAACAACAACAACAACAGCAGCAGCAACAACAACAACAGCAGCAGAUGCGAUGGAUGGCCCCCCCACAAGCACAAACCCGAAACUUUAUGCAACAAGGAGGAAUGAAUGGAAAUCCAGCUCAACAACAGCAACCACCAAAUCAGAUGGUUGGUAAUAAUACUCAGUCCAACUCCGUACUAAUCUCGCAGCUGACAACCCCGCCGCACUCAAUGACUGCACAGCAACAAAUGAACCAAAUGAAUAAUCCCCAGCUGCGCAUGCAGUUUGUGAAUAAUUGCCUUCAGCAGCAACAACAAAAUCAAACCAACCCGCAGCAAAACAUGAUGCAACAGCAACAACAGCAGCAAAUGCUAGCUCAGCAGCAGGCUAGUAUGCAAAAUCAAAACAUGCAAAAUCCUAUGGGAGUGCCCGGGGGACAAAUGGGCGGUCCGGUUGGUCAAAUGGUUGGAGUUAAUCAACAACAGCUUCAACAGCAGCAACAAGGUGGAAUGGUUAAUCAGCAACAGAUGGGAGGAGGUCCGGGGGUUCCUCAACAACAACAACUCGGCCAGGGUCAGCAACAAAUGGGACAACCUGGCCCAAAUCAGCCACCACGAGAGCGAAUCUGGAGUGGUACGUUGGAGUGGCUCGAGAAACCCAAUAAAAAUGACGCGGCCAAGAUUACUCGGCAGCUGCCGUGUUCAGUAACGGCCAAUAUUCGUGAUGGGGAACCAGAAAUCAAAGCAGACAACUGGCCACCACGGUUGAUUAUGCAGCUAAUGCCAAAGGCUUUGGUCGGAAGCGCUGGCGGGCAGUACAUCAAGGAAUCGAAAACAGUUGUCUUCAUCCCGUCGCCUUGUGAAGCCCUGGAUGCACUGGCCAAGGUCAUGGGUUCAGGAUUUGCCGGUUGUGUACACUUUACCACAUCACCAAGCUGUGACAUCAAGGUUCUAAUUUUGCUGUACACCGCCGAAAAGAAAGCCUAUCUGGGUUUCAUUCCCAACAACCAGGUGGCAUUUGUCGAUCGUCUUAAGAAGGUAAUCAUGCAAAACAAAUCCAUGCAAGCAGCCAACCAACAGCAAGCUGGUCAAAACUCUGGCAUGAGUAUGCAGGGACCACAAGGCGGCAUGAAUGUUCAACAGCAACAGCAGCAACAACAACAGCAGCAACAGCAACAACAACAGCAGCAGCAGGUCCAACAGCAGCAGCAACAACAACAGGCAAAUCAGCAAAUGAUGGGUGGGCCUAUGGGACCAGGUCCUGGUCAAAUGGUCCCGGGACCUGGACAGAUGAUACCUGGCGGUAUGCAACAGGGCCCUCGCAUGGGGGGAAUGGUCAAUCAAAUGAAACCGGUUGAUCAGAUGCAGCAGGACCAAUUCAACAAUUACGGUCAAAUGGGUCAACAGCAGAUGCAAGACCCAGGUAUGCAAAUGUCGCAACAAGAGCAAUAUAAAAUGCUACUGCAACAGCAACAACAGCAGCAGCAGCAGCAACAGCGAAAUAUGGCAGGCCCUAUGGGAAAUAUGGCGAUGAACGUUGGACUUCAAAACCAGCGAAUGAUGCGACCGGUUCUGUCCAACAAUCCUGGCCUAAGGCAUCUGCUGCAACAGCAGCCUAAUCCGCAGUUUCGCCAACAGAUGGCUAUGGGUAAUCCGAAUCCUAUGGGCCAGAUGGGAGGACAACGACCGAAUCUCAACCCGAACCCUAAUCAGGCCCCGUUUGAUGAUGCCAACUUUGACUUCUAGGACAAUUUUUCAAAGUAGCGUAAGCUCAAAAUGAAAACAUCGUUUUAUGCAUAUUAUUACAAUCUAUGUAGAAGAGUGUCUGGUCUAUUUAACUUUUUUUAUAUAUGAUGUGAAACCGUUUUAUGUAUAAUUCAUCAUGCAGUUGGUCAAACAAGUACAGAUAUAAUCUCUAAAACUGACAAACAUAACACAAAAUUGUCAUUGUGAAAGAAAUCCC